GAAUGUUACAGUCUAAAAGAAGUGCGGGAGGGCGCGCGUGCUUUUGUUCACAAUCACUUAAAAAUACUGUCUGCAAAUGAAGAUGUUAAAAUUGACAAAGUAGUUUUCGACUUGAAAUGAACACUUGUUCACUUUCACCUGUACUAUGAAAAAACAUUUCAAUUAAGCCUGGUUUAGCUUGCUUUAGCUUCAAAUUGAAGCAUUAUCUGGACAAUGGAAGUGCCGCGGCGGUUUUUGCGCGCUAUAGCUCGUGGUAAAAGUGGAGUUCGUCACUUCAGCAAAGUUGUUUGCUCAGUACCCGAAAAUCCCAGCACUAAUGAUUUCAAAAAGGUGCUUACCGAGAUGGAUUUGUUAUAUGUGGACGGAUAUACUUGUGUUCAAUCAGAAUGUAAACUCUGCUCCUUAAAAUCGCCGGGUAAUCUCUACAUAAACAAAACAACAGGAUUCUUUACCUGUGUCAAAUGUAAGAAUUAUGGUGAGUGGACAUCAUUACGGAAGUUUUACGUUAUGGCCAAGAAAGGAAUGAAGAAAGAUGAGUUAUUGGAUCUUAAAUCACCUCUGAAUGGUAUUAAGCCAUAUCCCAAAGAGCUUACGCUCAAAGAAAGUCUCUGCGCUCUUGAUUCCAAAUCAGAUGAUGAGAUUAACAAACUAGUUCAACAGUUUAGUCUGCCUAAUGGAAGUUGUGCUGUUCUCAAGCAGAUUGGAGCUCUAGUGGACUCCACAACAGCCUCAAUGUUUUUCCCUUUUCGGUCUAUCGAUAAUGUUAUUGCUGGUUACCGAGUGCUCUGUAGAGAUUCAGGAGAAGAAACUACAUUGCUGGGUGCUGAACAUUCUGGUCUCAUCACAUUUUACCCAGAAAGACUGAAUUUAAAUAAACAAUCAAAUAAACAUGCCAAAGCCAUCAGUUCUGCAGUAUUGGUCAUAUCUAUUGUAGAUGCUCUAGCAUUGGCAACGUCUGGAACUAAUAGUCAUAUUAUUUGUCUACCACAUGGCAUUAGUAUGUUGCCCAUUGAGAUAUUGCCAAUGCUUGAAAAUUAUUCCAAAAUUACUUUUUGGUUUCGAAAUUGUGUGGGCAUAUGGGAUGCCAUCCGUUGUUUUUCAGCAAAGCUCAACCCUAAACGGUGUUAUGCCGUUAAGCCCAAUGCCAAUAUUCCCAGUGCAAUGAAUGCGUUUGAAAAUUCUGAGAAUUUGGUCUCAAUAUUAUCUGAUGCAAGACCAUUGCAUGUCGAAGAUGUCACUUCUUUCAAAAGUUUACGAGCAGAAGUUAUGUCUGAGCUUUCAAACAUUGGAAAGGUUGAAGGAAUCAAAUGGAGAUGCUUUCCCCAGCUAAAUAACUUAUUGAAAGGUUUCAGGAGAGGUGAACUGACUGUCCUUUCGGGAUCUACUGGAAGUGGAAAGACUACUUUGAUGAGCCAGUACUCCCUUGAUCUGGCUGAGCAAGGGGUAAAUACUUUGUGGGGUAGUUUUGAAAUACCAAAUCAUAGAUUAGCUCGCACUCUGCUUACUCAAUUGGCUGGAUUACCACUUCAUGACCACAUGGGUCGUUUUGAUGAGUUUGCUGACAAGUUAGAGAAAUUACCCAUGUAUUUUAUGAAAUUACAUGGCCAGCAUUCUCUUGAAAAAGUUAUGCAGGUUUUGGAGCAUGCUCAAUAUGUUUAUGACAUUGGACAUGUCAUAAUAGACACUGUUCAGUUUAUGAUGGGUGUAAGUGAGGAUUCCAGUGGUGUGGAUCGAUUUUGGAGACAAGACAAUAUUAUUGCUGCCUUUCGUAGCUUUGCAACUCUUCACAACUGCCAUGUAACACUAGUCAUUCAUCCUCGGAAAGAACGGCCUGGCGAGCAUCUUGGCCUUAACUCUGUAUUCGGAGGUGCAAAAGCUACGCAAGAAGCUGACAAUGUCCUCAUGCUACAAGACUAUAGGGAAAGCAAGGGUGGUUUGUUUUUGAAGAUAUUGAAGAAUCGAUUUUGCGGAGAAGUUGGAAGAGUACCACUAGAAUUUAAUAAAGAGUCAUUAAGGUUUACACAGCAGAAAAUCUUCUCUCCUGUGACUGCAGGAAAUGAUGGAAAAGAUAAUCCAUGGCGCAAAUUGAAUGUUCUUGGUUAAGUAAUGAGGAUUAUUUGUAUUUUCUGACUUUGUAGGAUAACAAAUUAAAUGUGAUAUUAAAUCAAAGUGCCGUCA